UCGUAAUCCGCAACACCAGGUUCCGACGCACAACGCAGGAUCGAGACUGCACUAUUGCCAUCCCCAAUCUGGUUGGUGAGAAUUAGCCAUAUGAACCUCCAUUUUCAUUUUGCAGCGACACUAUAUGGCCGGACGCAUAUCUCGCCGCUCCUCGAUCUCCCUUCCAAAUGGCUCAGAGCCCCGAUUUGCGCCCUUUCUCAUCCCAGAAGCCAUUGAUAAAGCCCUUGUGGAAGCCGAGCGCCGACAAUCUUCAUCCAAUGUCCUAGAAGGGAUUCUUCCGGCGCAUCAGACGCUCACAGGAGAUUUUUAUGACUCUUCCAGGGCUUAUAAGCAGAGAGCGGCGGAACGUGGCGGAGGAGGCAAGCUUUGGGAGGUGGACAUUGUUGUGGAAGGAGUUGAAGGCGAGGAGGAGAAAGUCAGUGGAUGUGACGAAGCCGAGGAGGACAAUCUGUUGAACGAAGAGGAGGAUGCGGAUGCGGAGGAAGGAGGGGUUCGUUUCACAGAGCCAGCACUACAAGCUGCUGCAAAAGCAUGUCAGGCCCGAAGCGGGAUUCCUUCAGAGUCUUUGCCGCCCUUACCGCCUAUCACGGUCGAGAGACUUGAGAUGCGGGACGAAAGAUUGACCGCGGACUUGGUAAGGUCCCGAAAGGCGGUAUUUGACCUGAAGCAAGAUAUCGACGGCCUGCAAGCGGCCAUGGCUUUCAAUAAGCAUGAUGAGGAACAGUUCGACACCGUUUUUCGCACUAUGGUCCAAGAAACCGCACAACUCAUCCAGAACCUCGACUCGCUCUCCCUCGCCCUGCCCUCCCACACCGAGCGCCUGGUCCUCCUUGCCGCGCAGUACGAUAAAGACCUUUCGCAGCAGACUCAAGCGACACUACAGACGGCCGCUGCCCAUAUGGCGGAAGCACGAAAAGCCCGUGCGGCGAUGCAUAUGUCACAUGCAAAAAUACUAGCGGGGAAGAAAGUGAACGAGAAGAGAGCUGGGGGCCUGGCUGGUAGAUUGUUGGGUAUGGGUGCGCUAGGCGACAGCAGAUUGGGGAGUCGCAUAGGGAGCAAAAUGGGAUCUAGGACUGGGAGUGCGAGCGAGCUGAGGGCUUUUGGAAAGGUGGCAGGUCAUACGGAUAGUAAAGCCGAUGUCAGCUAGUGCGUUUACAUACGU